CGGCGGUGGGACGCGGAGCCGGGCGGAGGAUGGAGGACAAGAAGGAGGAGGGCGAGGCGGAGAUCCAGGAGCACGGGCCCGAGCACUGGUUCAGCAAGUGGGAGCGGCAGUGCCUAGCUGAGGCCGAGCAGGAGGAGGCGCUGCCGGAGCUGCCUCCGGAAGGUGGAACAAAAUGGCGAAACCUAACAUGGCCGUUCGGAGCGGGUGACUCCAAAAUAAACAGCGUGUGUCCUUCCCUCCCUGCAGACCGGGUGUGCCAGCAGCCGGGGCUCUCCCUCUGGGUCCCCUUCCAGAACGCCGCCACUGCGGUCACCAACCUCUACAAAGAGAGUGUGGAUGCCCACCAGCGAAGCUUUGAUUUAGGAAUUCAGAUUGGCUAUCAGCGUCGGAAUAAGGAUGUGCUAGCCUGGGUUAAAAAACGCAGAAGAACUAUUCGAAGAGAAGACUUGAUCAGCUUCCUUUGUGGAAAAGUCCCUCCUCCAAGAAAUUCUAGAGCUCCCCCAAGACUGACUGUAGUAUCCCCUAACCGAGCUACUUCAACAGAAACUAGCUCAUCUGUAGAGACUGAUUUGCAACCCUUCCGUGAAGCCAUAGCUCUGCAUGGUCUUAGUGGUGCAAUGGCUAGUAUAAGUGUUCGCUCCAGUACCCCAGGCUCGCCUACUCACGUGAGCAGUGGCUCCAAUGCUAGUCGAAGGAGAAAUGGACUCCAUGAUGUUGAUUUGAACACUUUCAUAUCAGAAGAAAUGGCACUCCACUUGGACAAUGGUGGAACUAGAAAGCGUACCUCAGCCCAGUGUGGCGAUGUCAUUACAGACUCACCAACUCAUAAACGCAACAGAAUGAUCUAAACUGCAAAAAUUUCAAACCCACCAUGCUGCUUGAAAGCCACUUGAUCCUCAGAGUACUAUUGAAAAGGAAACAUGAGGCCAUCUUUCCAUAUUCACUGUUUAAGACAAAGAAUUCAGUAAAUGCCAUAAAGGAAAUUUUAGAUAUUACAUUAGAUGCCUCUUGUAACUGCGGCUUUCUUAAACUAUAUUCUUAGCAGAGGACAUCAGAUAUUGUGUAGUAGUUAGCAAGAUCAUCAUAGGUGAACAUGUAUCUGUUCCAAGGCUAAAAGUGACCUUACUUGUAUUAUUAAAGGGAAAGGAGAUUUCAGAUGUUUAUUUGGCUAUAGAAUUUUUUUUUUGUCCUUUAUUUCCUGCUUUGAGUAUUUGCUUAAACAGUAUUGCCAGUUUGACUGAAAUUGUCUACAACAUGACUUGGCAUCUUUGUUAAAACUGCAGGCUUCCAUUUUUUGCAGCACUGUACCAUGCACCUAGUUUCUGUAUAGUAACAGUGUGCAAGUUAUAAAUAUUGGACUGUACCCUUUUUAGUUUUAAAAGCAGUUGAUAAUUCUGGUGAUUGUGUGAUAAUGUAAAAAGGUGCUAUGAUGGUCAUGCAAUUAAUACUUAAUAUUGAAUCAAUACAAGGAUCUUUAUUGGA